AAGUAUGAAGCAGCUUCCAUACUCGUAUUCCAGGGGUUUUUGUUCUUCCUCCCUACACCCUCUGUAUCUCCAAAACCCUACAUCUCUUUCGCCAUGGGGAAAAAGAGAAGCAAGCAUCACAAUCCCCAACCCUUCCUCGCUGAUGACGACGUCGUUUCAUCCAAGAAACGGUCCAAGCCAGCCAAGCUCCACCAGGCUGAAGAAAAGCUGAUAUCCUCUGGAAUGAGCUCAAAAAUCUUGAAAGAAGCUCUGCUUCAGCAAAAGGAGAUCGAAGACGAAGCCCGGGACCAAAACCCUCAUAGCUCCUUCUUCGCGGUCGAAGAUGUACCGGCUAAGGAUGAAGAAGAGGAUGUCGAUGAUUUUGCUGGAUUUGACGAAACUCAAAGCCACUUUGGCGGUUAUGAGGAAGAGAUUGACGAGGAGGAUGAGAAAUUACUGGAGGCUUUCUUAUCCAAGAAUGCUGGUCCAGAGCGAACACUAGCCGAUGUCAUUGCUGAGAGAAUUAAAGAAAAAGAUGAAAAAUUUUCCUCAGAAGCUCGGCCUUUGCCUAAAUUGGAUGCCUCCAUCAUAGAUUUAUACAAGGGAGUUGGCAAGCUUCUUAGUAGAUACACUGCAGGAAAGCUUCCCAAGGCUUUCAAACAUAUUCCUUCAGUUCAACAUUGGGAGGAGGUCCUGUACCUGACUGAACCUGAGAAUUGGUCACCAAAUGCAGUGUACCAAGCCACUAGGAUUUUUGCUUCCAAUUUGGGUGGGAAGAAGGCAGAACGUUUUUAUAGGCUUGUCUUGCUCCCACGGGUCAGAGAAGAUAUCCGGAAGAAUAAGAGACUACAUUUUGCUUUAUAUCAAACUUUAAAGAAGUCCUUGUACAAACCUGCUGCCUUCUUUAAGGGAAUAUUGUUUCCAUUGUGUGAGUCUGGAACAUGCAACCUUAGGGAAGCUGUCAUCAUUGGAAGCAUUAUUGAAAAGGUCUCCAUUCCUGCUCUACAUUCAAGUGUUGCAUUAUUGAAGCUUGCAGAGAUGGAGUAUUGUGGCACAACAAGCUAUUUCAUAAAGCUUCUCCUUGACAAGAAGUAUGCUCUGCCAUAUCGUGCAGUUGAUGCUGUUGUAGCUCAUUUUAUAAGAUUUAUUGAGGAUACGAGGAUAAUGCCUGUGAUUUGGCACCAGUCACUUCUUACAUUUGUUCAGAGGUACAAAAAUCAACUGAGGAAAGAGGAUAAAGAUUCCCUUAAAACUUUAAUUGAAAAUCAAAGACACAGACUAGUUACUCCUGAUAUUAGCAGAGAGUUAAACAAUAGCAGGAAUCGUGGUGAGGAGGAAGAUGAUCUUAUGUUAAUCUCAUCUCCUAUUUCUGUGAUCAAUAAAACAAUAGAAGAAGACAGGUUUGACAUUCCAGACGUUCCAAUGGAGGAGGACUAAAUGUUCAUUUUCUGUGACUUUCUCGUAGUUAUUUUUUGCUGCAAGUUGGUGGGGACAAAAAUUGUCUUUCUGCAUACCAGUAUAUGGGUGAUUGAAGUGGUUUGGGAAAAUGAAGGAAUGUUAAGUUUCUAUUGCAGGUUCUUGGGGGCCAGAAUACGAUGUCGUGCUUAUGGUUAUCUGUUGGAGAGGUUUACAACAUCUGUUUGCUCAUUUAAUUACUGCUGAUUAGAGCUUUAUAUACAAAAUAAUAUCUUUUUUUUCCCCUCUUUCCCUUUUUGUAACCUGAUUUGUAUCACGGACUAACAACCUAAUAUUCAAUACUAUUCAACACUAUUUAGUUUUAA